AUGUUCAUAGCAAUCAUAGGUACACCUUCGUCAGGUAAGCAGACCAUCUUGGAAUACCUCGAGAAGAAAUAUGGGUUCAAGAGAGUAAGGCUGGAGAGGAAAGGUAAAGCCGUCGUAGAUCAGGCUAAGAUAAGCGGAAACGAGCUGGAUCAACCUAUGAACGAAUUAAGUGUGACAUCUAGUACGACACCCACACCUUCGACCCUUCUUGAAUCACCGUCCUCAAAUCUAAGCUUCACUUCUCAGUCAUCCUUGCUCGAUUUCAUCACUCGCAAUUGGCUCUCACACCAUGUGACAACCGACUUGACAAGUUACGAGGAGAUUGAACCAUUCGUCAAGCGUCCGUUCUUCUUGUGUGUCAGUGUAGAUGGACCUAUACUAGCAAGAUACGAAAGAGAGAAGAUACGAGCAUCUGCAAAUGGUUCAUUGCUUUCGCUCGAGGAAUUUAUCCAAUCUCAUGAUACACUCCUAAACGGCUCAUUACCUUCCAUACCAUCUUCAUCACUCUCGCAACACCCACAAACUGAUUUCAAGCGAUCGCUAUCUUUAGCUCAGAUUUCCAUAUGUAAUAAUUUCCCUACGGUCCAGGAUUUGGAGGGGUAUUUGGAUAGGCUGAAUCUAAUUGAUGAGGAGAGGUUGAGACCUGGUUGGGAUACUUAUUUCAUGACUCUCGCAUCGUUAGCAUCUCACCGUUCAAACUGUAUGAAACGACGUGUUGGAGCUCUGCUCGUCAGAUCCAAGCGGAUCUUGUCAACGGGGUAUAACGGAACUCCGAGAGGAACAAAGAAUUGUAAUAUGGGCGGAUGUAGGAGGUGUAAUGGUUCUGCAAGGGGUGGUGAAGCAUUGGACGAAUGUCUGUGCUUGCAUGCUGAGGAGAAUGCCCUAUUGGAAGCCGGUCGUGAGAGAAUAGGGGAUGACUCUGUUAUAUAUUGCAAUACUUGCCCAUGUCUCAGAUGUUCAGUCAAGAUCGUUCAAUGUGGUGUCCGCGAAGUAGUUUACAAUCAGAGUUACAGUAUGGACGAAGCGUCUGCAGCCGUACUGAAGGAAGGAGGUGUGAUCUUACGACAAUUGCACAUGCCUAGUCAACUAUAA